AUAAUUUAUUUUCCUCUUGUCUGAAAAAACAUUUGUCAGGCACGUUGAGCAAUCUUCGCGUUAUGCCAAGCCGGUUGCAUUACUAUUGGUUGUUUCACCUUUCGCAUUCAUAACUGCUCUCGCGCUGCGCAAACGAACGGCAGCGCGCGACACUUUUAUCGGGACUGAGGAGAACGAGGACGUCAAAGAAACCAGUUCAUGCAUAGAUACUAAUGCAAAUACAUUCUUCUGAAAUCUGAACAGUGCAACGUAGUGGAUAGGCCUAUAACUGUUAUCGAUAGGCUACUUCUCCCUCGAGCCAUGAAGAACCUUCUCCCCAAGCUGUGCGUCUUCAUCGCUGCAGUCCUCUUCCUCCCUUUGCUCAAUGCUGCCGAGUAUGAGGACUACGUGUGGACACCGGAAAGUUACGGCAGAAGCCCACAGUGCAUGGACAUUCCCGAGGACCUGCGGUUGUGUUUUAAUGUGGGUUACAAUCAGAUGCUGCUUCCAAAUUUGCUCGAGCAUGAAACCAUAGCGGAGGUGAAGCAGCAAGCGGGCAGCUGGGUUCCUCUGGUGCACAAAGCCUGUCACCCCGGCACGCAAGUGUUCCUCUGCUCGCUCUUCGCCCCCGUGUGCCUCGAAAGACCCAUAUACCCGUGCCGCUGGCUUUGCGAGGCUGUUAGAGACAGUUGUACCCCUAUCAUGCAGUCGUUUGGGUUCCCUUGGCCUCAAAUGCUCAACUGUAGCAAGUUUCCCGAGGGCGACGUGUGCAUUGCCAUGAACGACAGCAGCAGCGAUGAUAUGGACAAAUCCCCAGGUGUAUGUCCGCCAUGUGACAAUGAGAUGAACUUAGACGCAAUUCUGGAACACAUGUGUGGCAGUGAAUUCGCAAUCAAGACGAAGAUUAAGGAAGUCAAAAUAGAGAACUUGGACCGAAAAAUCAUUCUACAGAAAAAGAGGAAGCAUGUGAAGCUUGGAACUCUGAAAAAACAGGAACUAAAGAACCUUGUUCUUUACCUGAAAAAUGGAGCAGACUGUCCCUGCCAACAACUGGAAAACUUAGGGAGCCACUACUUAAUCAUGGGUCGUAGGGUGGGCACACAGUAUAUUUUGACAGGCAUUCACAAGUGGGAAAAAUCUAGCAAAGAAUUUAAGAAGGCCCUUAAAAAACUUAAAAGCCAUACAUGUCCAACUUAUGAGGCAGUGUUCAAGUGAUUUUGAUCAUUUGGUAACUAAUCUUGUUAUUAUAGCAUUAUAAUACAUUUUGCCUACAGUAUAGAAAGAAACCAAUCCAACUUGUCCGUUUUAAAAGAGUUUGUUUGCCCAAUAAAUGUCUGAAUACAUGCAAACAAGUGCAAUUUAGUUCAAAUUGAAAAUGUUCUUCACCAUUUCUAAUGAAUGCAAAAUAAAAAAACAAUAUUCACAGUUAUUUACAUUUCAUUAUGCUGCAAGAAAGUUGAGUUUUGUUUUUGCAAACACUGCAUUUCGAUAUAUCUUGACAUUUUCAAGUUGGAUUAAUAUCUAUUCAUACAAUCUGUUAAUAAUGUUUAUGUUUUAUAAUAUUCAUCACAACUGUCAGUUAUUACUAGCCUAUUCAGUAAAAUAAAUAAUACAUGCACCUUAAACAAUAAAGGGACACUUUUUUUGACAGUUUGUUUGGCUUGCAUAGGAUGCCAAUCACAGUUAAUCAUGAAGUGUAAGAUAUAGCAUUUCUGAGGACUUGCACAAUGCACUGUAAUCAUUCAACAUUAAAACAUAAAAUAUUUUUAAU